ACAAAUUGAAAGAGAGAGUAGAAAAUUUAAAAAAAGAAGUAAAAGGUGAUGAUGGUAGUUUAAAAAAAAUGGGUCAAAAUAUAGAUAAACAAUUAAAUGAAAUUGGAGAAUAUUUAGAAGCCUCCGAAGAAAUUAUUAAAAGAGAAGCAGAAUUAAAACCCAAAGUCUCAACUAGCAUUACUUCCCUUACCGCAUCUAUUACUGAAUUAGAAACAGAAAUAAAAACUGUAAAAAAUCAGUAUAAAGAGCUUGAAAGAAAAUCAGAAGAUAUUAAAAAAAAGUAUGCAGUGGGAGGAGUCUUUGCCGGAUUAAAAAAAUUUGGAGUAGAAGGGAUAAUAUUGUUUAGCGAUGAAGAAAUAGGUUCUGAAGAAUUUAAGGCAGUUCAUGCUCUCACCACCUCACUAUUUACUUAUUUAACUAAACAUAACCAACUUUGUGAAAAAUGCGGAAAAGAAUGA